UCUGGAGCCGCCCCUCCCGACUCCCGCGCCGCUGGGAGAGCGGGCAGGGCCCCGCCUCCGGGCGCUGGGGCAGGAGGAUGAAGGUAAUUAAACAUUCUGAGCAGAUCCUGAAGACAGCAUUGAUCUCCAAGAACACACAGCUUGUGAAGCUGUAUGAGAAUCUUGAGUCUAGGGAGAAGUGUUUGCUGAAUGAAGCGUUUCAGCCAGACAGUGUUCUCUUCAGACCCAUCACUCUUCAUUCGGAGUCAGACUGGAUCUCCUCACACCCUGAGCCCACCCAGGACUUUGAACAGUUUUAUAACGAUCCUUACAGAAGCAGACCGACAUCUCAGAAAAGUGCCAUUUAUGUACAGCCCAUUGGUUCUUUUGGGGACACCAAAGUUAGUACGGAGGAUUAUAUGAAAUGGUUGAAGGAUUACUGUGAAGCCUUUUACUAUGGCCUAUCUGUAAAAAUCCUGGAGCCGGUUCCUGUUUCACACACAAGUUGUGCUUUUCGAGUGAAUGAGUACACAUGCAAUCUACAGAUUCAUGCAGGGGACCUCUUGAAAUACCUAAAGAAGAAAAAGCCAGAAGAUGCUUUCUGUAUUGUUGGGAUAACAAUGAUAGAUCUUUAUCCAACGGAGUCCUGGAAUUUUGUCUUUGGCCAAGCCUCUUUGACAGAAGGAAUGGGGAUCUUCAGCUUUGCCAGGUAUGACAGUGACUUUUAUAGUGCGAGCUACAAAGGCAGACUGAAGAGAGUCAAGAAGCUUCCCUCAGCAGACUAUUCAGUUUUUGAUGGCUAUUAUACUCCUGUAACCAGCAGUGUGCUGCUUCUGAGGUCCUGCAAGACCUUGACCCAUGAGAUUGGGCACAUCUUUGGACUCCAUCACUGUCAGUGGCUGCAGUGUGUGAUGCAGGGUUCCAAUCACCUGGAGGAAUCAGACCGACGCCCACUGGAUCUGUGUCCAAUUUGUCUGCGCAAGUUGCAGUCUGCCAUUGGCUUUCACAUUGUGGAGAGAUACCAGGCGUUACUUGGGUGGAUGGAUGACGAUCGUAGUGGAAUGGAUGCUGAACUCAGAAAUGAAGCCAAGAUGGGCUUGCUGAAACCUGUGGAAGCAUUUAAGGAGUGUCGAGAGUGGGUAUUAAAAUGUCUUGAUGUCUUGCAGAAAUAAAGCUGUAGGAUGUAUGUAGUAUCAAAAGGGAAACAUUCUCCUCUAUUUAAAGAAUUACUUUCAGGUUGACUACUUCUAAAACUGUUGUUACUUGAUAUGGAUCAUCCACUGCAUUGUAAGGAUCUGUAAAUAAAAAUCCAUCCCUUUGUCGCUGAACAUUUUACCUUUAUACCCUCCUUCCUCAGACAGUAACUAUUUCUGCCAUGACCUUACAAUAUUUGGUCUCUGCUGCUCUCAUAUCAGAAAUCAAGGUACAUUUUAAUCUUAAUUGCAGUAAUAUACAGAAGAACAUUUAACAUCUUGUAAACAGGGCCUAACGUGUAGUUUUUAAAAUAUAUAUUCUAAAUGUUUGCGGAGGAUUGUGGUGUUUAUUUUAUUUAGUUUUUUUUCUAGCAUUGGAAAAUUAGGAGCAUUGGACAAUGAGGAGUCACUGAAGCUGCAAAUACGGAGUGGUUGUGCUAGUUGUCCAGGCACUGUCACUAAAUCAGGGAGAGGAUUUCAUCCCCAGUACCUGCACGUAUUCCCUACGCAAAGGCCCCUAACCUGCAGUUGUCUCCGUGUGGGUCUGUUUGUGGAGAGUCAUUUGCAGGAUCAGGACCAAAGUGAGUUUUUACUUGGUCUUCUCCUAGAGAAUCAGGAAAUGGUGCCUGGGUACUUUAAAUUAGGAAGAGAAUGAAAAGAACCUAGUUAAAAGAGACAAAGCAGUACAGAUUUAAUUGAUGUGUUGUGUGUGAUGGGUUUAAUUUCCCGUGGCAGGUUAUUGUUUUAAUUACGGUUACCAAGACCCAAUUAUGCUUUCAAUUUUCUUUAUAUAAUCCUGUUAGGACACUUCCUUAGUCUGUUGCUGCUAAAUUGCUUUCUUCCCAUCAUCACCCCAAAGCAAGGCUGGUGGGCCAGAUUUCACACUGUGUACAAUUUUCUGGAUUAUUUUUGCACUCUAUUUCACAAAGGUACAUUUGUGCUCCCUUCCCAAUCCCUAUGCAUUGUGAGUAAUUAGCUUUC